AUGCCCAUCGAUAAUGAUCACGUGGCCGUUGCCCGUCCAGCUCCCCGCCGCCGCAUUGUAGUAGCCAUGACGGGUGCCACUGGAGCCAUGCUCGGCAUCAAAGUCCUAAUUGCUCUGCGCCGUCUAAAUGUGGAGACACACCUGGUGAUGAGUAAAUGGGCGGAGGCUACGAUCAAAUACGAGACUGACUACCAUCCCUCAAACGUGCGAGCGCUGGCCGACUAUGUGCACAACAUCAAUGACAUGGCCGCCCCAGUAUCCAGCGGCUCAUUCCGCGCGGACGGAAUGAUUGUGGUACCGUGCAGCAUGAAAACAUUGGCUGCUAUCCACUCGGGCUUUUGCGACGAUCUCAUUUCAAGGACAGCAGAUGUGAUGCUCAAGGAGCGCAGGCGGUUGGUGCUAGUAGCGCGGGAGACGCCAUUGAGCGAGAUCCAUCUGCGAAACAUGUUGGAGGUUACACGCUGUGGGGCAGUCAUCUUCCCCCCAGUACCGGCGUUCUACAUCAAGGCCGGAAGUAUCGAGGACCUCAUCGACCAGAGUGUUGGACGAAUGUUGGAUUUAUUUGACCUCGACACGGGGGAUUUUGAACGUUGGAAUGGAUGGGAAAAAUAA